GGAGUUACAGUUGAGACGUAGUCUGCUUGGUAAACUAGCCGUUUGCAGUAGUUGAAAUGGUGUUAAAAGACCUUACCAGGUUGUCUUUACAGGAGAGUUUGGGGGCCACAGUAACAUGGCCUUCAUGUGCUCCAAAAAAGGCAAGGUCAUUAUCAACUGUAAAGAAAAUACCUCAGUCUCUUGGUUUAGCGGGGCACCGCAUUUCAGUGAGAAUGGUGGGCCUUUGCAGUCUCCUAUUUUCAUUGUCCUUUCUCUCAAUCAAUCUCAUUCACAGAACAUGGGAGAGCUUCUCUCAAAGAAGGCGACCUGAGGAUGCUGAGGCAAGGAAUUCCUCACCGGAAUUACUAGAUCACGACUCUAAGUACACCAAUUAUUUGUACGUGGGUGAAUUGAGAGUUAAGACACUGUCAUGGACAUUUGGGAGCUUGAGAAAACAAAAGGAGAAUGACGAGAUGCUGGUCAUUGCUGUAUCAGGCAUUAAAUUUAGUUUUUUGCAGAUCGCCUUCUGAGCCUAGAACCUGGAGAUACAACUUUUCUGAAACCGAGCCAGGAUAAGAAGAAACCAUUGGUACACAUUUGAAGUAGACUUUUAUCUCCUAUUUUGGUGGUGUUGGUUUGAGCUGGACCACAUUUGGGAGCUUGAUUUAUAUCUCGUAUUUCGUUAAAUUGUGCUCUAAACUGAACCCUUUCUUUAAUCUAGAAGCAUUACUCUUCUGGACAAUCUGAUAGAUAGGUUUGCAAAUUUAACGAAAAAAAGCACAAUUACUUCCA